AUUUCACUGCAUCGGUCCGUGGGCACUUGUUCGCAUUCAGUCCGUAUCUGAUAUAUUACUUGUGUUUUUUCUUCUAAUCAAAUAUAAUUCGAUUUUUCCAGUUUAACGCAACGUAAAUAAUGCGUUUAUACACUCGUAAGACGCGCGUAUACUGCGACCAGAAUAUUAUUUUGUGAACGAUAUACAAAAGAAGAAGAAUCUAUUUCAUAUAAUAAUUAUAUCGGACGAAAAUAAAAUUGCUGUUCGUUAAAGUCUCCGCCGACGCCAUGAAACCAACUUCGGUUUAUCUGAUCUUAUUGAUCGGAUUCUCUGUAUCCCAUAUUAAUUAUGGACAAAAUCUCGUGGAAGAAGAGUUCAUACCAUCCGUUACUGCGACAUGCAAAGCUGGGUACAUGACGAUUAAAGUCACCACCAACCAGCCUUUUGUUGGUGCCGUGCACGCCAGAGAUUAUCGUUCACCGAGUUGUUUGAGUUACGGCAACGGUACUAAGCUUACUACGCUCGGCAUCAAUCUGCUGGCCACCCAAGGAUCGACCGAUUACUGUGGCAUAUUCAUUAACAACAAAACUGAAGAGAGAUCAGUACCGAUUGCUAUAAGAAUACACAGAACUCUAGAACUUGCGGACGAUAAAUACUACGUCAUCACAUGUGGAAAAUCAGGAUUCAAGAAUUCCAAAAACGAAACGUCGUUGGUAUCAUUAAAAUUCCUCGAGAAUGGCAAAAGAAUUCAGGAAGUUGUUUACAGCCAUCCUUACACACUAAGGGCUGAGAUAUCAAGACACGAUGGCGCCUAUGGAAUACGCGUUAAGAACUGUUUUGCGUUCAACAAGAGGAACAACAGCGUCAACCUCAUCAAUGAGCUCGGUUGUCCUUCCAACAAAGUCAUCACACCAUUCAAGUACGAUCCAAAGUCGGGGUACGCGGACGCAGCGCUGAAUUCUAUGUUCCGGUUUCCGGACAGCCCGGAGCUGUAUUUCCAGUGUGACAUCGAGGUGUGUAGGGGCGCGUGCGUGGAACCCGAAUGCGACGGCGUGUCCGCGGUGCAAUUGCAGCAGCAGCAGCAGCAGAUCAAGUACGAGUUCGCCGUUGACUCGCCAGCGGAAAAUGGCACGUUGACGGCCAGUACGACGGUUUUCGUGCUCGAGCCCGGCGAGACUGCCCGCAGCCUGACGCUAUGCGACGACCCGUCCGACGGCGGCAUCCGUCCCCCGUGGCUGCUAUACCUGUGCAUAGCGUUCGGGCUCAUGUUCCUCAUCAUGCUCGUCAUCAACGUGUUCCUGUGCUCGGCGAUGACGUGCUCAUGCGCCCGCACCGACAUCAUUGAGAAAGAGCCCAGCAUCAUCGAAGACUACGACCCGUACCGUAGCUGGCACGGUUCGCAGUACGGAUCUAGGUACUCAUUAAAUGGUAAGCCAGGAUAUGUAUCAGGUGGCUCUACGAUGAAUUCAACUAGAUCCAUGUCGACAAAUAGUGAUCAUUAUGCGAUAGUACACUCACGACCAGGUAGUCGGUAUUCAGGUACCGCCAAACACCAGCCACACAUGAGAGGACCCCCAUCUAACAUGGGAUCACAUUAUUCUGGAAAAUAAUAAACUUCUAUAAUAUAUUAAUAUAUAAUAUAUAAGUAUAUAUAUAUAUUGUAAUAUUAUUUAGUAAAAAUAUCAUUUAUUUUGAAAAGGUAAAUUGAUUUUACCUGUUUUUGAAAAAAAGAUAUAUUUAUACUAUAUAUAUAUAUACAGUGUACAUAUAAUAUACUAGUACACGCAUCAUGCAGUAGUUGUACUUAAUUUUAAUGAGAAUUAUAUUUUAUAAUCCCUCAAAAACUUAGUUGCCAUUGUAUUUUUCAAUCUUCAAUAAUUAUUAUAAGUUUAUUAAUAUAUACAUAUAUAUAUUAUAAUUUAACGUGUAUAAUAAUUUUAAUUAUUAAUAGUUACUAGAUAAGCCUAUAUUACGUGUGUAAUAAAUUAACUUCCUAUUAUUGAAUUUUAUAAAGAGUAAUAAUGUCUAACUACAUAAUAUACUAGAAUAUAUUAGAAAUCAAGUAAUUUAAACUUGAUUCACUUGUGCAAAAAACCAAGUAAUGUCAAUUAUUGCCAUCACAUCACUGAAUUAUUUUUGUUAUGGUAUAUACAUAUACAUUUAAAAUUUUAUAUGCAAUAUAUUGUGUUACGUAUGUUAAUUAUAACAAUAUGAUUUAUAAAAAUUAGUUACCUCCGUUGUCUUCAA